AUGGGCUUCGAGAAUGGGACUAAGCCCGCGGUGGUCUGCGUAUUCUGCGGCUCCGUCUCCGGCACAAACCCUCGCCAUAUGGAAGCCGCGCGCCAGCUGGCGCACGAAUUCCACAAGAACAACAUCCACCUUGUGUACGGCGGCGGCACAGCAGGCCUAAUGGGCACAAUAGCCCGCGAGCUGGUCAAACUAUCCGGCCCGCAGGCCGUGCACGGCGUGAUCCCCCGCGCAUUAGUAAAGCAAGCGCGGUCCGGUAAGGACGCGGAACGAAUCAUCCCAGCCGCUACUACCAAUGGAACUACUACAAAGGCGAAGGAAUCUAUGUUUAAGGAAUCCGAGUACGGGACGACCACGAUUGUGGCGGAUAUGCAUGCGCGAAAGCGGCUUAUGGCGACGAAGGUGCAGGAGGGAGGGCCUGGGUCUGGGUUUGUGGCGUUGGCGGGGGGGUUCGGGACGAUUGAGGAGGUGAUGGAGAUGACGACGUGGAAUCAGUUGGGUAUUCAUGGGGCUGGGGUGGUGGUGGUUAAUGUGGAUGGGUAUUGGGAUGGGGUGUUGGCGUGGGUGAGGAAGGCGGUGCAGGAGGGGUACAUUGGUGAGGAGAAUGGGAGGAUCUUGGUGGAGGUGAAUGAUAUUAAGGAUGUUUGGCCGCGGUUGAAAGGGUAUAGGGUUAGUAAUGGGAGGAUGAGGUUGAAUUGGGGGGAAGAAUAA